AUGAUCAUAAAGCAUAACCCAUCAAUUGUAAACAUAUCCACAAACAACAAUGAGACACCAUUGCACAACGCCUCACUCAAGUGUUGUGAGCCUGGUGUCCAAUUCCUCCUAACUCACAAGGCCGAUGUAAAUAGAAGAACUCUGAGCGGAGAUACAUGUUUGUCAUUCGCGAUUAGAGGAGGAAACAAGAGUAUUGUAAAGCUUUUGUUGGAGUUUGGCGUUGAUAUGUACUCGUGUGAGAAUGCUUAUCAGGUGGCCGCACAGCUAAAGAUGAACGACGUCAAGACAAUGGUGGAGCAGUGCCAACAAUUCAACAAGAUCCGCACAGACAACAAUAAGCGCUACAAGGUUGGACACUUGCAUCGCCUCCAAGGCAAGCUCAAGGGCUGGAAGAAGAUGUGGGUGGUGCUCGAUGGCAACCGUCUGCGACUGUACAACUCUGAGGACGACUCAGAGCCCGCAUACGACGUUCCACUCAGGGACAUCGAGCAGAUGGGCACCACCGAGGAGCACGUCACCUAUCCACAUUCACUCUCAAUCACAAUCAAGGACAACCCCACCAAGAUGAUAUUGGCCGCCGACGACAAGAUAUCAAUGGCCAGGUGGAUCCUUGCCAUCGAUGGAUUGAAAUUCAAGUUCUUUGACUCAUGUGUCAAUCAGUUCUUAAAGAAAACUCUAUUACACACUGUAUUUAAAUCAACGUUUAAAGGAGGAAUCAUCAAGUCUUCGUUCGAAGAGGAGUGGUCAUACAGUAGUGAUGGAAUCCUGCAGUGUACAGAGGCUGGUUGGAAUACGGACGCUGGUGCCUCGCUGAUGAUGUACCUGUGGGACGGCCAAUCGUUCAUGCCAGGCAGCGGCACCCACUCACUCGGUUGGGGCAAGUUCAACGGCUUCCUCUUUGAGUGGAUGGUUGGCGACCUGGGCGAGGACGGCAUCAAGGUUCAAGAGUAUUACUGGGAGGAGAUCGAGCGCGAGUACCUGACGCACGACCACACCAUGGAUUGGAAGUGGACGCGCCACUUCCUGACACUCAAGCAAGGCACAGGUGAAUGGAUUGUCGAGGGUGAGGUGCCAGAGCCCGUCGUAUUCUUCCUCUCAUUGUUACGUUACAGUCGACUGGGUAUCACCAACAAGACCGCCGCGGCCAUCACCAGCAGCAGCAACAACAAUGACAACAGUGGCAGCAUCAAUGGUAGUGGUAGCAAUGGAAGUGGUAGCAACAGUGGUAGUGCUACAUCCUCAUGCAGCGACUCAAUCAAACAAGAG